AUGUCGAUAAACACAACCCAUAAUCGCGGUAAAGUCAAUAAUGUGAUUUACAACGACCGUUGUGGCUAUGCCAUAAUUUUUUACGAUCCGAUUUACGACUUGGAUGCUAAAAUCCCUCCACUUAGAAUGUCUGACUUGCCUUAUACAAUUCCAAUUCAGAGAAAAUCUAUCGCAUGCUUGAAACCAGCUGGUAAACCUGUUGCAUCAAUUGAAGUAAAAAGAGAGUAUAAAAGGCCAGGAGAUUACGAAGCAGCUCAAGAUUUCAUUCGUAGAAAGAUUAUCGAGAGAAAAAUGGAUGAGAUUAGAGAGGCUUGUGCUAACAUCCGUCAAUGUUAUAAAAAAGCUGAGAAGUUUGACAUGAAGAGACGAGAAGCAAUUUCUCCACGUGUUAAGAGUAAACUUCGUGGAAAAUCAUCAGACGAGAUUUGUGACAUUUUAGUUGACGAUGUGAUGCAGAAUGUUGAUUAUGUUUAUGAGAGAAAUCUUGAAGAGCAAGGAAAAACUCAAAAGAAACUUGCAGUGGCUGCUUUAAGACGAGCUGCAAAAGCACCAAAAGCAAUUGAAAAGUUUCAUGUAAAAGGAACAGAAUUGGAUGCUGUUAAAGAGGAAGAAAAUGUUCAUAUAGAAAACGAAAAUAUUGACAAGAAAGAUGAUGACGUGAAGGAAUUGACAAAAGCUCUUAUAAAUCGAUGUGAAAAGAAACUUCACGAAAGUUCUUUUGACAGAAGUUUUCAUCCAAAUCCACCACGAUGUGGCUUGCAAAACUAUUCUGCACUUAAACGACGACACUUAGAAGUUAUGUGUCAACGAGCAUCAGAUGCACUUUUGUUUGAAGUAACUUACGGACGAACUUUAAGACGAAUGAAAAAUGAAAUUCGAAGAUUAAGAGAAACUUAUUCUUAA